GCUUCAUUCUUUCUUUCAUCAGCUGAUUCUACCGGCGGCGGCGCCGGCUGCUUUCAUCAGAUGCUUCGGUGCAGUUUAGCGUCCGACUCCUAACCUGUUUUCUCUGCGUUACCGUCGUCUGUUUGGACUAAACUGGGGAACGAGCACGAUCACUGAGGGAAAACGGGUUUCUUGCCGACAGGCAUAAUAAAAGUUGACGGGAGAAAGAAAAGAAUCUCUCUAACAGGCUAAAUGAAGAAAGUUGUGUGGGGUUUUUGUUGGUCAGACCUACAGUGAACUCAGAUUUUAACUAGACGGUGAAUCAACAAAUCAAAUAUAGCCGAACACUUCGCAGCGAUGCACUGGACUUUAAUGUUUCUGUCCUGAUGUCCAAUCAACAACGGCUACCCAAUAAGUGGGCGUGUCUGUCAGGAAAAGACUUCCGCGAAGGCGCCGGUGUAUCCUCGCUCCUCUGAGCUUUGGGACGGCCUGCAAGAUGGCGGAGCGAAACAGCUUCCGGUUCAAGCGAGGAAAUGACAAAUAAGAGAUUUGAGAAGCACCUUGAGAGUCUGAAUCCUGACCCUGUACUCCUCCUGUCCCCCCCAGAGCUCCCAGUCCCCUCCGGGCCCCACCAGGACCCACAGCCAUGAGCGUCCAGACCCGGAGGAUCCGCCUGAAGCCCUGGUUGUUGGCUCAGGUGAACAGCGGCAGGUAUCCCGGUCUACAGUGGCUCAGUGCAGAACACAGACUCUUCCAGAUCCCCUGGAGACACGCCACGCGCCACACGCCCGCGUCAGACGAGGAAAACACCAUCUUCAAGGCGUGGGCUCUGGAGACGGGUAAAUAUCAGGAAGGCGUGGAUGAACCCGACCCUGCGAAGUGGAAAGCGAACCUUCGCUGCGCUCUGAACAAAAGCAGAGAGUUCCAGCUGAAAUACGACGGCACCAAAGAGACGCCGGUCCAACCGUACAAGAUCUACGAGGUCUGUGAGCAGCCCGCCAACACAGAUGGUGGUGAAGAUGAUGAAGAGGAGAUGCCGAACCUGAUGGAGCUCACCAUCAACCCCAGGACCAGUGAGACCCCGUCCUUCAGCUCCUUCCCAGCUCACGCAGAGGUGAAUCAGUUCAGUCUGUCCACCAACGGGACGUUUGGACCUCCACAUGUGAUCCCGGUACCGCUCGUCCCAGACAGAGUCGUCCCCAUGCCCUCUGAUCUCCUGGCUCGGGGUCAGAUGGUGGAUCAGGGGAGCUUCGUCCAUCCGGGCGGACUCUCUAAUGGACCCCAGGACCUGGAUUCUCUGCCCCCACCGGCUGCUUCUGCUCCCCCCGUGUCAGCCCUGAUGGAGACCGGCGGCAUGGGGGAUGUAGAGAACCAGGGGGACCCUCAGAACCACCAACCCUGCAAAUACGACCUGCUGAGCAGCGUCCCAUUAACAGAUCUGGACCUGAAGUUCCAGUACCGGGGCCGGACCACAGGUUCUCUGACUGUCAGUAACCCUCAGGGCUGCCGUUUGUACUACGGACACCUGGAGCCGACCCCGGAGCAGGUGGAGCUGUUCGGACCAGUCACCCUGCAGCAGGUCUUGUUCCCGGGGACGUCUGAGGUCCAGAACCAGAAGCAGCGGUUCUACACAGAGGCCCUGCUGGACGUGAUGGACCGCGGUCUAAUCCUGGAGAUCUGGGAGCAGGACAUCUACGCCAUCCGCCUUUGUCAGUGUAAGGUGUUCUGGUCCGGACCGGGCAUGCCUGAACAGGGUCUACCAAACCCCAUGGAGAGGGAGAAGAAGAUCAAAGUGUUUAGCCUCAACGAGUUCCUGCAAGGACUGAUCCUGUUCCAGAGGGGGGAAGCUCAGAACCCUCCCCCCUUCGAGAUCUACUUCUGUUUCGGGGAGGACUGGCCCGACAAGAAACCCAAAGAGAAAAAACUCAUCAUCGUGCAGGUGGUUCCUGUGGUGGCUCGAAUCCUGACGGAGAUGUUCUCUGGAGAACUCAGCUGGUCCACAGAUAGCAUCCGGCUGCAGAUCUCAAACCCUGACGUAAAGGACCAGACGGUGGAGCAGUUCAAGGAGCUGCAGAGGCUUCUGCAGAGCCAACAGAUCCAGGGGCCCUGGACCCCCAACAUACCCUGAACACCAGGACGGCUGUCCUGCCUCAUCAUCAUCACCACCAGCUCAGGACUCAGACCAGCACAGUUCCAGUCCUCUCCAGGUGUUUCAACACUGAACCGAUCCUCUAACGGACCUUUACCCUGGACUCUACAGCCCUGAUGAGUCCAGAACCUUUAACAGAACAUGUAAAGAUUCUUUUCAGCAUCGGCUCAAACUCAACUUCAGCUAGAAAACAAACAGAACAGCAGUUUUUUCUUUGUAGCUCAUUUUAAGAGAAGUGAAAAUGAAUCCAACGGCUGCAGGGCGCUCCGCCCCGAGUCCGCCGCGACAGCUGACGGCUGAG